AUGAUGAAUCUGAAACUGUUGCUGCUUCUGGCGACUCCCACAUUUGGUCACUACUUCUUCCCCAACACUAUUGUAAAUGGGGUUAAAUCAAGCGACUGGCAAUACAUCCGGGACACUCAAAACAACCCCAACGCAUACCCUAUUGAAGAUGUUACCUCUAGCCUGAUGGGUUGCUUUGAAAAAUCCGGCCGUGCCGCAUCCGCCGUCCAAACCGUUGCUGCAGGGUCCAGAAUUGGGUUCGUCUCAAGCAACAGCAUGGGCCACCCAGGACCCCUUAUUUUCUACAUGGCUCGAGUCCCCGAUGGCCAAGACGUCAACUCAUGGGCACAUAGUGGGAAUGUUUGGUUCAAGAUAGACCAGUACGGGAAUAAAGUCGACUCCUACCCACCCUUUGAAACGGAGAUGACUCAAUUCUACACGACCAUUCCGUCUAAGCUCAAGCCCGGCAAUUAUCUCCUCCGUGCAGAGCACAUCGGUCUGCAUAUUGCUGGCGCUCCUCAAUUUUACAUUGCUUGCGCUCAGCUGCAAGUGACCGGAAGCGGAACGAGCACGCCUACGAGCCUAGUAUCCUUCCCUGGCGCCUAUUCUAAGAGUGAUGCUGGUCUCACGUUCAACAUUUACGCCGAGAAUGGAGCGUACCCAUACCCCGGACCAGCUGUGUGGGCAUAG